GUUGACGUUGGGCUUGAAUGCGCACUGCUGACACCCUCACUCGAAGCCAAAUCUUGCGGCGACCGAUGAGAAGAGGGAGGCGCGGCCGCCGGGGUGGGAGCGUUGCCCACGAGAUGACGGAGGAAUUCCAAUAAUCCCAUCACAAAACCAGAAUCCUCAGCAUGUCAUCAAACAAGAAGAGAAAGCUGGAGGUCGGCCAGGGCACUCAGAUGCUGAGUGCUGCCGCCCUCAAGAAAAGGUUACUAGAGAGGCAGACAGCUUCUCCGGCGCCAGAUGCUCCAAGUGCUUCUGCUGCGUCAACUAUCUCGCCUGAUGGCAAUGGGAAGACCAUUGACGAUGGUGACAAAGCCUCUCCUGAAAAUUCUGGAGCAAGGGACAAGGUCUCUGAUGCGUUUGAAAGGCUUUUGUUAGAGGGUGCCGAGAUGCCUGCUGGCGGUGACGGUCUGCAGACUCCAGAGCCCACUGAGGAGCUUCCCAAACGAAAGGUGGUCCAACUGUCGUCUUUUAAACCUACUAAGAGCAACUUCCAGUCCAAAUCCAAUGGCGUUGCUACCCUGAACUUCCCAGAUGGAGAGCGCUUGGUCAUCCUGGGCAGCUAUGGCAUCAAAGUCAAGAGUGGUGAGGCUGCCAUUGCUGGUGCUACUCUGUUCCCUUCACAGACGAUACACUGGGUCCAUGCGCCUCACUGCCAUGCCCUGCCCGUCUUGAGGUGCACGGAGAAGUCUGUGAUUGAGCUUUACACACACAAGAGCGCUCCCGGGCUCCGGAAUAUGGAAAAUCUAUCCCCUUUAUUCGGGUCCCUUUGGAAUGAAGUCAACCAAGGCGAGACCAAGACAAAACAGAGCUAUCAAAUACUCUCAACCUCAGCAGAUGGUCCUAAGAAGGCCAUACUGCAGGAUCUUCGAUCACCAGCGGAAUGGAACAAGAAGAUCUCUGAUUUGAUCAAAGACAAGAGACAGAAGCCUCCGGUUCUCCUGGUUUGCGGCCCAAAAUCAUCUGGCAAGUCUACCUUCUCAAGGCUUGUGGCUAACAGGCUGGUGACCAGUCGAGGUGUCAACAAGGACCAAGCAUGGCCUGAUGUUGCCAUUCUGGACAUUGAUCCUGGUCAGCCUGAGUUCUCACCACCUGGCGUCAUUUCUCAUGUCCAGCUCCACCAGCCCAACCUAGCUCCUCCUUUUGGACACCCCAACCUGGAUGCCACAUCCGUGGUGAGGUCACAUGCAUUGGCCUCUAUCACACCAGCAUCAGAUACAGAGCACUACCAGGACUGCGUCAUGGAUCUCUAUAAUUCCUACCAGUCAUCUCACAGGGAUAAGCCUUUACUCAUCAACACUCCUGGUUGGAUACAGGGUACUGGCUUAGGUCUGUUGAUGGAUCUCGUGGCUAAGAUUUCGCCAACUGAGGUCAUCUACAUGUCUGAGGACGGGCCAGAAGACACAGUGGACGGCUUGAAGUUAGCAUGCAAAGGAAUUCCAUUCACUUCACUUCCGUCUCAGUCCAGCGAGUAUACUUCAAGGACGGCAUUACACCUCCGGCACAUGCAAGCAAUGUCGUAUUUCCACAUGGACACUGAGUCAAGCCAAGGUACCCCCAUCAAGUGGGAUGCCAAACCACUCACGUCUAAACCACCAAUGCUGCUGCAUUACGGUGGGGCCGAAGGCGGAAUACUUGGCGUCGUCUGUUAUGGAUAUCAGCCAGGACCAGAAUUACUAGCCGAUUCUAUCGAUGGCACUAUCCUCGCAAUUGUUGAGAUUGAGGACCGCAGGGCAUUCGGCAGUGCCACACGGGCCGACUGCGGUCCACUAGAUGAAGAUUCGGAAGCACCACAAGUUGAGCAACCCCAAGACAUCAAAAAAUUCAUCCGGCGCACUCCGGAGGGAAUUCCCUAUAUACGUCGUGGGGCAGCUCUCAACCCCCGAUUCUCCCGAUGUAUAGGCCUGGCCCUUGUCCGCGGUAUUGAUGUCCAGCGCUCUGUAUUGGCUAUGGUAUCACCUCUGUCCCCCGCUCACCUAGCAGGGAAGGAAAUUGUUCUGGUGUCAGGAAAAUUCGAUGUUCCGACCUGGGCAUAUACUGAGGACCAUUACAAUCGUGGGUCUCGGAAAGAUGACAGCCAGUUUGAUGACAGGGGUCUUGCAGGUGAGGUAGGCCAUGGGAGAGAAGAUAUCACAGGGGAAAUUCCAUGGGUUGAGAGUCUCCAUGGAGGUCAGAAGAGGAUCGUUGGGUCGAAAGCCUGGAGAGUGAGGAGAGACCUUGGUCGCAAUGGAGCUGGUGAUUAGAUGCGCUGGGCAGAAGUGAUAUCCACCCACGCCUUUAUUUGGGCAGAGAAAACACAGUGGCCGUAGACUGAAGACUUGGCGUACGCACUAUGGCAGAGGCUCCAUCAUGACAGACUGCCAAUACAACAAAUACUCA